CAUUUUCCAACCCCUCUUUAUUUUCUCCAUCUAUAUAAUAACUUUCCCACCAUAUUUCUCCACCCCCCAAAACAUCAUGGGAUUCUCCAAAGAAGAUAAAACAUUGCACAAAAUGUCACUUCUAAUCCCAAGAUGGAUCAAAACCCUCUUCUUCUUGAUCACAAUGAUCAUAUCCUUACUCUUAUUCUCAGCCCCCAUUCUUCUCGUCAUCGCCGACGCCCUCCUCCCUUCCGCCUUCCUCUCCGCUUCCCUCUCGCCCUCCUCCCUCACCCUACAUACCUUCUCGUCCCACCUCAGAAACUACGACUUCCGCUACUCGCUCAUCGAUAUCCCCCUCGUCUCCAUCGCUCGCUCAACCAUCAUACUAUGUGUUUAUACCUUUUGCGACGGGCCAAGGCUGUCGCGGGGUCCCUACCUGGCGGUGGCAACCGUGUGCGCGGUGGUGUCGCUGGUGUUCGUGUCGUUGAAGGCUUCAUAUAUAUUCAUUGUUAAUAGCAAUAGUUACAUCAUGAGAGGUGGAUAUGUUAAGGCAAUGGAGGUGGCGAUGUUCGUUUCUUCGCUAGGGCUGGCGAUCGGGCACGUCGCGGUGGCCUACCGGACUAGUUGUAGGGAGAGGAGGAAGCUGCUGGUUUACAAGAUUGAUGUUGAAGCUGUGUCCGCAUGCAAGAACGGGUUUCCUAGAUAUCACAAAAUACUCCAAGAAGCAAGAACACAGUAAAACAAAUAAACAAAUAAUUUUAUUUAUUUGUUUUCUUGUGACAGAUUCCAAAUUUCUCCUGAGUCAGAUUUCAGAUUUGUCCGAAGGAUAUCUGGAGGCUGAUGGUCAGAGAAAUACAACCGUAGACGUAGAUGAUCAGGAGUAGAUAUUGCAUUUUUGUACAAUGUAUACGUAUAAAUGUAUAGUACUGUCGUUCUUUGUCUCGAUACUUUGGCAGCAGGCCGAGGAAAGGAAGUUGUGUUUUUAACAUGUAAAUAACAUAGCAUUGUCAAAUGUUGUCUUCCAACUUGUUUUGAGAUAUCCUUUUAUUCAUAUA